AGCGCUGCCUCCCCCCGAGGACAAGUCUGGGGACUCCGCUGGGGGUGCGGAGUUGUUGUCGGGUUGUUUUGGUUGUAGUGCGGUUCUUAAAGGGUGCCCAGCCGGGAAAGACCCUCCCGCCCCUCAACUCUUCCCCCCUCACCGCCGGGUGACUGAAAUGAGCAGUCUGGACUACCCUGAUGAUUUUUAGGAGUUGAGGUAAUGGCUGAAGUUGGUCAGUGGGAGACGUCUGGAGGCCCAGAACACGGUCUGGGGGUUGCACAGUGCCUGUGAUCUGACCUGCAGCCUCUGUCUUGGCUGAGACCGGCGGGAUGGGGAACAGUGGCUCAGCCGUGAAGGUCUGCACUGAUCACCAAGGAGGCAUCAACUGGCUGAGCCUGAGCCCAGAUGGGCAGCGCCUGCUCACCGGUAGCGAGGAUGGCACUGCGCGGCUCUGGAGCACUGCCGACAGCCAGUGCCAUGGCCACUUCCAAGGACAUGAAAGUUACAUCACCUUUUGCCACUUAGAAAAUGAGGCUGCCUUCACGUGUAGCGCAGAUCAUACCAUUCGAAAGUGGGAUGUGAUGACAGGUCAGUGCCUGGCCAUUUACCGAGGACACACAUCAAUUGUUAACAGGAUCCUGGUUGCCAAAGACUAUCUCUUCAGUGGCUCCUAUGACAGGACAGCCCGCUGUUGGAGUGUGGACAAGGAGAAACAAAUCCAGGAAUUCCGGGGCCAUCGGAACUGUGUCCUGACUCUGGCUCACUAUUCCUCCAGGGAUGUUCUUGAAGAAGAGGAGGAGGAAGAGGAGGAGGAGGAGAAAGUGAGCAGAGAUCUCCUGGUGACAGGUAGCACAGACUGCACUGUUAAGGUCUGGUGGGUGUCCAGUGGGCGCUGUUACCAGACUCUGCUGGGACACACUGGGGCUGUCUUAUGCCUUAUACUUGACGCACCAAACAGGGAGCUGUUUUCUGGCAGCACGGAUUAUACCAUUCGAACGUGGAAUAUUGUCACUGGUGAGCAGUUGAAAGUGUUCAAAGAGCAUCAAGGAUCAGUAAUUUGCUUAGAGUAUUCACGGGAAGUGGGGAUGCCUGUGCAAGAGCUUUCAAUUCCAAGAGCGGUGUCCUGCAGAAGAUCUUUCGAGGACACAAGUUCAUCAUCAACUGCAUCCAGGUCAGGGAGGAGUUUCUUUGCUGGGAUUUUCUCACUUCCGAUUGCUCCCUUGUUUGUUUUGUGGGAAUUGGUGUGGCUGGCUGUUCUGUGUGUCUUGGAUCAGAUCUUGUUCUGGGAUAAGACAAAAUGUGGCAGACUUGAAUAUUCCUUAUAUAAUUUUAGACAAACUCGAUAAUAAUAAGGAUAAGUGAAACCACAGAACGAGUCCCCAGAGACAGUCUGAUGGCUGUGAUUGGAGGUUUUUCAGGUCAAGCAACUGUAAGAAAUGAGCCAGAUAUAACUGAUCCUGUGUAGGGGCAGGGCAUGGACUCUGGCCUCGUGAGACCCCUUCCAUUACAAGACAUUGAUGAUAAGUGUUUGCGGUGCGCUAGUUCCCUUCUGCUUUAUCCAGGCAGAAUAAUAUAUAGCGUUAUUCCCCAGCCUCCCCUGGGCAUGGUAUCCCUCAACAGUCUAGCAACUGCUUACCAUCCUUCCUGACCUUAGUGAAGAGCUAGUGGUGAUUUCCAUGGGCUACCCUGUAUAUAAAUGUUUAUAUAAAAUAUUGCCAUCACGAUCUAUUCUUCUGAAGGUAGAAAGAUGAGAAAUAAGCUCUGUAUUGAUGUCUGACCCACAUCCUACCAGACAAAAGGAAGAGUCCCUGCUACUGGCUUAAAAAAUUCUUAAAAGUUAAUUAAGUCCCUGAAAAGUUGCUUGUGUUGUCUAGGCUCACGUGAUACUAGUGUUUAAAAGUUAAAAGGGGAGGAAUUAGUAAUGCUUGGUGGCAAUGCAAAGAUCGGUGUCGGGCAAGGAAUCCUGGGGGGAAAGUUUGAAUCCUUGGAUGCUUUGUGCAUUUAAGAAUCCACAUCUCCCUGCAUCAGGAUCUCAGUAAAAGCUGUAUGCAGGAUGAGGAUUUUGAUGAAGAAUGUGAGACACUAAGUAUUUCUGGCUGCCUGACAGUUGAAGGAAAAAAGGAGAUAAAAUUCCUUUUGGAGUUGAUCUCAAACAUAGAGAGUUGUAAAUAUGGUUGCCUUUUGUAUAUUCUUCUGAAUUAGCAAGUGGCUGGUUGGUCUUAAGCUGCAAACUCUUGGGUAUUGAGUGGUUGGUUGUGUAGCAGACAGUCAUCCGGAUGUCUUUGGGUGAUAACUGAUAUAAUCUCUCUGGGCAGCCCCAAGUAUUGACAAGACCAAAGCUUGGCUUUAUAUUGUUUGUUGUAAUUUCAUUUCCAAGUGUACAGGGCAAAAAAUCCUGGGAAGAGAGAGGACUGAAGAAGUGGCGCCCUUAAUUUGAUCUUAAAUGUGUUACUGAGGGAUGGAUGAGGGGCGAGGGGGCUGUGGUUGUGCGGUGCUCGCAUGAUGCUUCAUGCGGAUGUAAGCCAGACUGCGGGUGGGAUGCUCACUGUUGCAGCCCGCCUCUGGAGGCUGCGAGUGCCUGUGGUGGGCAGACUGACGCAGGAAGGGGAAGAUGAUGAAGACCUUCUAGGGCGGGGUGAGGACAAAUGGAAACAUUACCAACAGCAGCAAAUGUUUCAGUAGGGAAACGAAACUACAGGGGGGAAUGAAGGGUAAAUUACUGCAGGUUUGGAAGAACAACAAAUUUUGAAGGAGGAAUCGUAGCUAUAACUUAAUGUGAAGAGAGAAGGAAAGUGAGAAGGAAAGCAUUCCUGAGACCCCCCACUACUCACUGAUGCUGAUUUUGGUGCCUCUUUAAGCUUCACCUCCAAAACCAGCAGUCUGAAACCAGCACAGAAAUUCCCAGCUACAGUCUGCUCUGACACCGAGUUUCGUUCCCCAUUGCUUUUCUAGUGGGUUUAGGUUAUAAAUAACUCUAGCUGUUUAUAUUUUAUGGCUCUGUGAAGUGGCUGAGAAAUGAGUCCUGACUUGGUAAUGUCUUGUCCCACUUCAGCAGCUUUUGUGAUAAUUUAUACCGGCUCUUGCAAUGAGCUAUCAGGCCUUAAGUGUUAGGAUCAAGCUGUGUUGGCUCUGAUUUUUGACAGUUUGAUUGUGCCGAUUCCGAGCUGUACGGUUUGGUA